CACCGCCACCGCCGCCGCCGCCGCCGCCGCGUACGAUCUCAGGGAUGGCCCGCUGAUGGUGGAUGUCAGUGCAUGCUUCAAUUGAGUUCAGUCAGCCGCCGCCGCCCUCCGCCCGUGAGUGAUUAAUCCCAAUUUGAACAUCAUUGCGACUCUGAUAAGAAAUUGAGAAGGAAAUUCCGAGAUGCUUGGGGGAAAAUUGAAUCGUGGAGAUGCGAAUCGACGCAGUCGACCUUAUUGUUUCAGGAGAUGUAAGUUGAGCAGUUCAACGAAUAUAGAGUCUCUCCCAGACGAUUUGUUGUUCCAGAUUCUUCUAGAAGUCCCAGCUCAAGAUAUCCAGAAAGGGGCGAGACUUGUUUGCAAGAAGUGGCACAGAAUAAUCUGUAACCGUAGAUUCGUGGAUGAGCAUCUCCACCAUUCGACUCCUGGGAUCAUUGUCGACAUCCGUCGUCAUUCAUCGCCCGCAGUUUUUGCAGCAACGGGACGAGGCCGAGUGGAGAUAUCAAAAUUCAAUUUCGUGUUCAGAGACAGAGCCCCGGCUAGUUGUAAUGGUCUGAUCGUGGAGGAUAAUUACAUAUCAAAUCCUGCAACAAACAAACGCUUCGAUCUCCCUGCAUAUUCUCCUAAAUUGGGACGCGGCAUUUGUUACGCUAUAGCGUACGCCGAGGUUUCCAAGCAGUACAAAGUGGUUCUCAUGCAUUGUUCCAAGUACAACGAGCCUCUAGAGAUAUUGAAAUGCGCGAUAUUGACCGCAGGAGUCGAUAAGUCGUGGAGGCAUCUUCAUAUGAAAAACUUAUCCAUCGGAGCUCCAGUGACUACCGACGGCUUCGUUCACUGGCCUCGCAGCGACGACACUCAUGUUUUUACUUUGAACGUAGAGACCGAAAUUUUUACAGAGGCUCCCGUACCAAAAGUUUGUGUACAAAGACCCAAAUACUAUAUGUCGACGGGAAAAUCUCUAUCAUUGCUCGUUCUCUGCGGUGGGUAUUCGUUUGAGGUGUGGGAGAUGAAAUCAGAAACGGGAGAGUGGACUAAGCUUUUCAAGAUCGACUUGGAACCUCUAAAGGGCAGGUUUGGUCAUUUGGUUCAUAAAUUUUGUCUAACCCACAUCAGAUUAAUUGGUUGGUUAAAUUAUCCGGAGGUGCUGGCGUUGCGUAUUUCUGCAUCUCAGCUUUGCGUUAUCUACAAUGUUCGUACGCAAGAAAUCGACUACUUCGAGGUGUAUUAUUUAUCCGGUUAUCACAACUAUGGAGUUCAUAGAAAUAGCUUAGUGUGGUUAAGUGGAUGCUAAGUUUUUGAACAAUGGCUGCUUGUGUAAUUUUGUUGUCAUAAAUAUCUAGUGUAAUUUGGGUUACUUGUAUCAAUAUUAAUUUAGAUUAGACUGGAUUGCAUAGGGGGGCCUGUAAUUUUCUUUCAAGACUGUUUUAUUAAAUCUUUGUUAUAGAAAUUACUCAAAUAUGGCCUCGUUUUGUUAGGGA